ACUGCAGUUUCUUGCAAAACUUUCUUGAUCUAAGUUCCCACCACCACCGUGUUUUCACCCCUCCAUGUUCAAAGAAUCCAAUCAUCUUCAGUUCAUAUAGCUCCAAGUUUCUUGCAAUGACAUCUGAAGCCAAAAAACAAGAUUCACCGAAGCGGCCACGCCUGAAAGACCAAACAGCUUCGCUCAAGAGAAGAUUCCGGCGAAUUAAAAGUGCCCCACGUGCAAAUUCUUCCAUUUCCAAUGGCAAGCAUGCCGCCCCCGCUGAAUCUCUGCCAAAACCCAAGUCUGUUUUUGAUCACUUGUACCCGAAUUAUUGGAAAGUAGCUGUCAUCUUCUUUGUAUACUUGGCUGCAGGUACUCUUUGCUUUCAUCUAGCCAGGCACCAGAUUAAAGGAAAGAAAACAAAUAGUGUACUCGAUGGACUUUAUUUCACCAUUGUAACGAUGACAUCAGUCGGCUAUGGAGAUCUUUCUCCAGAUAGCAACCUUACAAUACUACUCGCCUGUCUUUUUGUCGUUUUGGGUACGUUGAUUGUCGGGUUGGUUCUGAGUAAAGCAGCAGAUCUUUUAGUGGAGAAACAAGAACGAUUGCUGGUGAAGGCGUUAAGUUUGAACCAAACUCUCGGUGAAAGAGAGAUUCUGAAAAAGAUCCGAACGAAGAAAGUGAGAAAUAAGUGUAUAAUCUUGGUGGCAUUGCUUCUGGUUUUCAUGGCUGCAGGGACAGGUUUUUUACUUUCUGUUGAGGAUUUGGACUUCGUUCAUGCCUUCUAUUGUGUCAUUGGAACGCUCACUGGCCUUGGUUACAUAGAUAAAUGCUUCUCGACGACAGGUGGGCGUGUCUUUUCUUUGUUCUGGAUCUUGUUGGGUACCAUUUAUGUAGCUCAGUUGCUCUUUAGUUUUGCUCUGCUACACACUGAAAGAAGGCAAAGGUCAUUGGUCAAAUGGGUUCUUAAAAGAAAAACAACCACUUCUGAUCUUGAGGCAGCUGAUUUUGAUGGUGAUGGCAUCGUCAUAGCUGCUGAGUUCGUGAUCUAUAAGCUAAAAGAGAUGGGGAAGAUCAACGAAGAAGAUAUCACACCUAUCAUGGAACAGUUUGAAAUACUCGAUUUUGAUAAAACAGGGACGUUGUCUACCUCUGACCUUCUCUUGUCCCAGUCGGAGUUGCUUGCCUUGGACACUAAUACUAUAGCUACCCGAUUAUCAAUCUAAGGCCAUGUAAAUAACAAAGCCUUGGCUACUCAUAUCUUUUACAUGUAUUCUGAGCAUGGGAUUUGAAGUCAUGAUUAGAACCAAAAACUAUGCUCUAGUUCAAUUUUAUACAUGUUUAUCGCCU